GAGCAGGUUGCGCAUGCGCACUGGCCCCGGCAGGUCGGCCGCCCGGCCCCGGGGAGAGCAGUGGCGGCGGCUUCAUGGGAGGAUGAAGGAGAUGGUUGGAGGUUGUUGCGUGUGCUCGGAUGAGAGGGGCUGGGCCGAGAACCCACUGGUCUAUUGUGACGGCCACGGCUGCAGUGUGGCGGUGCACCAAGCGUGCUAUGGGAUUGUACAGGUGCCCACAGGACCGUGGUUCUGUCGGAAGUGCGAGUCACAGGAGAGAGCCGCCAGGGUGAGAUGUGACCUUUGCCCACAUAAAGAAGGGGCGCUGAAGAGGACUGACAAUGGAGGUUGGGCACAUGUGGUCUGUGCGUUAUACAUCCCUGAGGUGCAGUUUGCAAAUGUGCUGACAAUGGAGCCUAUAGUCCUGCAGUAUGUGCCACACGAUCGCUUCAACAAGACUUGCUAUAUAUGUGAAGACCAGGGACGAGAAAGCAGAGCUGCAUCCGGGGCCUGUAUGACCUGUAACAGACAUGGUUGUCGACAGGCGUUCCAUGUGACAUGUGCUCAGAUGGCUGGUUUGUUAUGUGAGGAGGAGGCCCAGGAAGUGGACAAUGUCAAGUAUAUUGGAUACUGCAAAUACCACUAUAACAAGAUGGUGAGAGAUCCACAGAAAGUCUCCCGUCUCCCUUGCCCUUUCAUCCCAGGACGGUGUAGCCGGUCAGGUUCGCCUUCUAUAGAGAAGCCUCUUCUGUACCGAGAACGACAGAAAAAGAGUCACAAGGACAGGGAGAGAGUUCGCCAUCGGAAGCAUCGCGAUUCACCAGGUCACAUAACUGUCCCUCCUUUGUUACCCAUCGUUACAGAAAAGCUGGAAAGCAGUACAGACAGUCCGGAGAUUACGAGGUCAGAGAAGGGGAAAAAACAAUCAGGUCACAGGGCUCGAAAGACAGGAAUUGGCAAAGCGCCAGGAGCUGGCAGUGCGUCCUCUACGGGUAGUGCUUCCUCUCCUCCUGAAUUGGUCACAUUUCCCAAAUUGGAAGAGCAGGAGGAAGAAGAAGAGGAUGAGGAAGAAGAGGACGUGGGAAGGUCGAGACCCACACCAUCUUCUCCUCCAGAACUCACCUUUUCCAGCUUUGGUUCCAUUAUGCGCUUUUCAAGUGACUUAUCAACUCACACCCGACCAUGGGAUCCCUCUCCUGGUGAGCAUAAACCACAGAAAUGGAGCAGAGAAAGUAGUGAGCCGCCACGAGAGAAAAAACAUAAAGGGAGCAGGAAAAGCCGACAUGGUCCUGGGAGACCUCGUGGGAGCAAGAACAACCCAACUCACAGUGUCGCCUCCUCCACUUUACCCCUGCCGCUACGGCAGUAUACUCAGUCAUCUUCCCUGCAUGGUGUCAGCAUGGAUUCACCCCUGAUGUCAUCAGGAAUCUACACCAGUAAUAAGGACCCCAUCACUGUGAGGACAGCCUGCAGUACCCCCCUCCCCUCCAGCCUCUUAUCCCACCAGAGCUCCCUUACUCCAUACAGCAGAGGCUGCUCCAUCACCCCAUCCUCCACGGCUUCUACCACACAGAUGGGUAAUAUCCUCUGCCACACUACAAAAAUUGUUCAGAAAUGGUUUGAGGUAUUCUCACUGGCGGGCUCCACAUUUAGUAUCCCAUCAUCGCAUAUAUUUGGAAGCCCAGUGUCAAUGCCCCCUCUCCUCAGCCAGGCUGAAACCAAUAGGACAGAGCCUGAAUUGGAAGACUGCAGUUUUAUAUGUAGAGGUAGUUCUCCACGAGAGAGUUUGUCCUCCAUGUCACCAAUCAGUAGCCUGCCUCCAUUGUAUGAUCCAAGUGGCCCCUCUACACAGAGUGAUAAUGUACCACAGCUCACAGCCAACCUUGAACAGUUGUUGGAGAAACAUGGAGAGGCAGGGGUUAACAUUGUGGACAUGCUCCAGGCAUUGCACUCUCUGCAGAAAGAGAACCGCUCACUACAGGAUCAGAUCUCGACUCUGACAGCUCGGAAGGAGAAGCUGCAGCUACUUAAUGUCCAGCUUGCUUGCCCCUUUCCCCCGACAUUACCAGCAAUUAAUGUCGCCCAUGUCACCUCUCAAGACUCUCUGAGCAAUAAGAGUCCUUCUAAGAGCAGCAUUCGUACUGAAAACUCGCCUUCUGAGGACCCGCAUUCCGGCUGCCCCAGCAGAAGCAGCUCCUGUCUGUCCUUGCACAGCACUCCACCCCCAGGUCCCCUCUCUCAGACAGCUUCAUCACUUUCCGCCAUGGGAGCAGAGCAACUCAUGAAUGGGCUGGUACGAAGCACAGGUCCUGGAGCCCCUUCUGCACUGGCAACCAUUCCACUUCUUGGAGCUCUUUCAGGAAAUCCUGGAGCACUUAGCAGCAUUCUAGGAAGUAUAACGGGCGGCCUACAGACAACAUCUGGACAGACUCAGAAUCCUCUUGGCAGUGGAUCUGCCAGUAGCCACAUACCAGCUAGUCUCUCACCACUGAAUACACUGACAGAACAACAAAGGCAGCUAGCACAGCAGUUGCAGCAGCUCACUUCUGCUCAUCUCACUGUGGAACAGCAAAACGUUCUUUAUCAACUUGUUCAACAACUACAACAACGAUGGGAUUUGCAGCAUCUGAUAACGCCACCAGCAGCCCCUUCUCUUCUUCCUGUGACAUCAACAUGUAGCACCAUGGCAUCAUCACCUGCCCCACCCGUUCUCACUGCCCAAGCCCCCCCCUACCUUGGGUCACAAGGCGGAGGGGGGGUACAGAAGUCAGGAAGAGGAGGUGAAAAGACGCCCACAAACCACGACAAGGGAUGAACUAGACUCUCGGCAUCCACCACAUCUGAACAUUUUCUACCCAGCUGAGGAGGAGUAGACUGGAGGAUUGGAGAGGAUACCCAGAUCUUCUGGGGAACAGAGCACAUGUCUGUAGAGCAACGUCCAAAUUUACCGGCCUGCAGAAGAGUUCAUAGUAUGUAGAAUAACUGGGAAUAUCUGGUCCAGACACCUACAGAAAAUCUGUAGCUUACCUGUGUUUCAUGCAGAGUGAUGUGUCAUUUCCAUGUAAUGGUCUGUUAUUGCAGAGCACCCUCUUGAUUUGUGUGUCAUGCAGACUACUCUGCUUUUCGGUAGACGUACACAGUACAGUGUGUAUACAUUUCUAAAUAUUACAUGUACCAGUGGCCUCUCCUAUUACAUUUACAGUGGGGGUCACUGCCCCCUCUCCUUUCUGCUUAUUCUUCUCAUAAUUGGAAGUAGAACUUUGUGCACUCAGCCCCUUAAAAUCCCAUGUCUAUUUCCGUUCACCGGCGCUAGGGGCGAAGCCUGAAGCACCUUGUGAUACAAAGUAUCAGUCCACGUGAAGGAUGAGUGCCGGCAAGUUCUUCGCUCUGUUGCACUAUCCUUGUGUUUCUCUGUGUACAUUAGAUCCAUAUUUUAUAGUAUAUGUUCAUUUGUACACGUUUGUAUACACAAGCUUUUUUUUUUCUUGUUUUUUAUUUUUUAUUUUAUUGAUCGUUCAUGUUUCCGUGAUUCUUUUAUAUGUGCACGGAGCGAUCGAUGUAGCAAUUUCUUGUGAAGCCAUUAGCACAAGAUGUAGAUAUUUGACUAUUUGUGUAUCUUGGGGUAAAUAGGAAUUAUUUGAUCCCUUUUAAAGGGGCCUGGCUUUUAUGUAAUAUAAGUAUAUAUAUAUAUAUAUAUAUAUAUAUAUAUAUAUAACUAUGUAAGAAAUAUGUCCAGAGCAUUCAGUAACCCCAGAAUUUGCACCUUCCAGAAGUCGCUAGAUGCGUCUCAAUGACUGUUUUGUACAGAUCGAACAUUGUUUUUCGCGAUAGGACAGAUGUAGGGAACCUUUGGCUGGCAAAACAUGCUGGAUUAUUUUUUAUUUUUUUUUUGGGCAACUGGUAAGCCAAUAAUUACCUAUCAUUUUGUAAAGUCUAAUCUAAUAUUUCUCCCUUGUCAUAAAGCAGGAAAGUUUACUGUUGUCUACAACCAAUGUAAGAUAUUGUCUAUAGCCACAGACAGAAAAAAAAAUGGAUUCUCCUAUAGAUUUGUCCUUGGUGAUUGCUGUAUCUUUACAAGUUCCAUCAUGAUCUGAUUGAUCAGACAAGCUAGUACUUGUAGUUCCACAAGAGCUGCAGGGUCAGUGGUUGCACAUCUAUGCUCAACUAGUUCAAACCAAUUGCUGGAUAAUGUCCAGUGAUGCAGGUUUCCAGGAUUGUCUAACAUAUAGGGGGAGAUUUAUCAAAACUGGUGCAAAAGAAAACUGGCUUAGUUGCCCAUAGCUACUAAUCAGAUUGAUUUUUUUUUUUUCCAUAGGAGCUGAAAAAUUU